CGAAUCGCUUUCAUGUACAGGUUUAUGACUCACGCGACGGAAAUAUAGAAGUAGCCGUGCGACUGACUGCAGAGAGGACAACGGAUAAACAUUGAGCUAAAAGGGAUUGUGUUUGGCCUUUUUUCGCAUCAAAACAUUAAGGAGGAUGGCGAGUGGACGUAGUGCAAGAUUACCACCGACACCGACCCCAAACGUUCGUAAUUCGGAUGUUGGCCCGGAAACCGGAUACACUGCUACGACCGCGACCACCACAACUAUUCCCGGCAGUACCAUUAAUGCUCUCGGCCCGGAACUUGCAGUGGCCACGUCACAAGUUCUGGACAACCUAUCGGAUAAAGAACGACAAAUGAUUCUGGAGGUGCUGAACCGGGACGAGGGCGUCCGGCAGAGAGACGCCGCCCGAAUAAUGCUCCUGCGCGCUGAACUGCAGAACCUUCGGAGAAAAGGAGCCUGGAAAACAGGAGGAUCACUUGAUCGGCAACAGAUUGAAGCAAGCCGAUAUUGUGCUCGAUGCGGGACAGAAUUGGGGCGAAUCAUUAAUCGCGGUGCCCCAUGCCGCGUUUGCAAAUUCCGCGUUUGUAAGGCAUGUCGCGAAUUCACGACUCGAACAACGGAUUGGGUUUGUGUAGUGUGCCAUAAACAAAUGGAAUUGAAGGCGGCGAGUGGUGAAUGGAUAAACGAAUUCUCACAUGGGCCUCAACGCCGACGUCGAGGUUCAGUAUCAAAAGAGAAUCUACCUACCUCCGAUAUUCUUAAGAAAAGCAUACGUCGCUCGUGGACUAUAUCUAAUCCGGAAAACGACAAUAGUCCCUCAAACCGUCAAAGUGGCGACUAUCCAACAAAUAGAGUAAAUUUGGGAGGUGGCCGUUCAACCGGAAGUUAUCCAUCAUUGAUUCGUCAUCCAGGUCCCUACAAACCACAAGGCAUGGACUACGACCCAAACACCGAAAUUUAUCCGCCUCGUCGCAUGUUGCGACAAUCUACUUUACCUUCUAAUUUGCCGAACGCAGAUGCUUCGAAUUAUUACACUAACAGCAAUUUAACAGCGCCUUCUUCACCGAAAUGCCAAAUAAGUCCCCAGUACGGAAACUUCCCAGAAAACGACCCACCUCCACAAGCUCCGCGAAGUGGAUCAGAUAAUGACCUACAACCACAGUAUCCACCACAACCACAAACAGUAGCUCACCAACCAAGAUAUACAGUGCGAAGACAAUCAACUCUUCCAUGUCGACCGACUGAUCAACAGCAACAGCACCCAUCAAUCUACAUGUCGACAUCGCCAAAUAGGAACUUCAGUCGAUCACCAGAAAGAUCGGAUGCUGAACAGAGAUAUCCACCAUUUGUUAGACAAUCCACAUUUCCCUCAAAUACUUCUGACCAACAUUUUCCGCCACCACAUCGACCGAAAAUGUUGCCAACAUCUCCGUGUCGAUCGCCAUAUAAUAGUCAAUACAUUGACGAGGGAGGUGAGCAACGACCUCGGAUCAUAAGACAGGCAACUCUUCCGAAUCCCGACCAGCACAUGAAGUUGCUCCCGACAUCGCCUCCUAAACGCCAAACGUCGCCGCAGUAUAUGAAACGAUCUCCUGAAUUCAUACGGCAGAAUACUCUACCCAAUCCGGACGGAUUCAAUUCCCUCACGGUUCAUCAAACGAAUGCCAAAUUCCUGCCGAUAUCACCCCGUCAAAAACAUCAUUUUCUAUUUCCUAAUCAACCUGCACACCAACAUCCACGUCAAUUCCUUUCGCAGCAAAAUGUCCCCACAGUUGACGAUGGCGGCGAACAUUAUUCCAGCAGUCAAAGUGUUAAUAUACAGGGACGCGAAAAGAUGAUGAAAGUUCGAAGUCAUAGUAAUGAGGAAUAUUCAGCGUCUAGACCAAUGGAAGUAAGAAGGCUGCUACCGGAGAUUCCAUUGAAUCGAUCAGCUAGAUCGAUCAGCCGUCUCGUUCGCCAGGAUCACGUGAAAGAAGAUGUGCCUUCUCGCCUUAAUCAGGACGUUACCUGGACCCCGGGAAGACGCACUUUCGCUGAAGCAAAGCAAACUCUUCCCGAAUAUGAGCAACAACAACAACAACAACAAUCAGAAUAUGGUGACUAUUAUAGUGAUAACAGUUUCUUAGAAGCGGAUGAGGUUCAAUAUGAGAAGAGUUAUGCGAACUACAGCAGUGAACCGAAAAUCAUAUACAAUGAUAUUGUGGAAGAAGAACCGCCUACACUUAAGGGUCGGAGCGCCGAAAGUUUCCUAAAUGACAAUCCUACAAGCUACCCGGAAGAGAAUCUGCGAGGCGUGAGAAAGGACCGUCAGCGCAGACGGAAAUCUAGGGAGCUAACUGAGGCCGAGGUGAUAACUUCAUCGAAUGAAGAUGAACCAGCGAAACGGAAGCCAGAGGCGAUGCGUUCAGUUUCCGAGGAUUCCGGAACGAAACCGGCUGUGAAGCCUGUAACAAGACGAUCCCUAUCGCACCCAGAAAAAGACUCACAGAGUUCCAAACGAAAUGAACCCACAAAAAUUCCAAGCCCUAAACCCCUGGUUGACCUCACGGAAAAGCCGAAGAAGCCAACAAAGCUACCAACUCCAAAGCGAAGAUCAAUUAAAGUAGCCGAACAUGCAGACGCUUCGCCAACUGAAGAGGCAACAAAAAUUCCAGGCUCACAAAGGAGGAAUUCGCAGAUUUCCACCAGCAUGAUGGAUAAAGGCGAUGGUAGCGAAAAAAAUCAAUCACCUGACCAUAAAUCGCCAGGGAAAGAUGACGUGGACGACGGGGGCGGAGAAGGGGACAGUGGCCCAGGGAAGUGUGGGAAACAGGACGCCAACACAGUAUCGGGAUCUAAAACACGAAAUCAACAGGAGCAUAAAACGACACUAGGUGAAGCGGAGAUACAAAGUGCGGUGGAAGCUGCUGCGGUGGUUUUCAAGAAGGUAGUCCUCCAACGUCGCAAGGAAAAGGCUGCGGAGGAGAAGGAGAACAGUGGCGCGGCAGGAAGCAAUGGAGGUGGAGGUGAUAGUUCGUGCAGUAGCCAAACCCGCUUCUACUCCACGAACCCCCUCCAGGAUGAUGUUGUUGUCUCAGACUAUGAAAACGCGUCUGCCCUAAAAAUGUUCUACCCCGAAUGCGACGAAUACAAGCUAGUCUUCAUUAGCUCAGACUCCUCGAGCAAGGAGGAGGAGUUCGAGGAUAGCAGCUCAACUACCUCUUCCACGCACAACCGAGGUAGCAUUAUCCUGGACGACUGUGACUGGGACUACUUCGAACCUGGGACAGCUCUCACGAAGUCAACUAUAUUCAAAUCGCCAUAUGGAUCGCCCAUUAUCCAACGAAAGCGGCCAGCCUGGGGAACCUCACCCCAGCAACUGUCGUCAUCGUCACCAGUCGAGUCGCCUUUGUUCUAUCGACGCGCACUCUCUUCUGAGUCAUCCGGGGGUUCCUCAUCGCUGUUCGGGGGAGGACGUGGCGCCGCUGUAAGUGCGACCAAGAUGAUGCGUGAAAGUGACACUGGCACAGAUGAGGAGAUGCUAAUGCAAGCGGAAAGCUCCACUUCGCCAACCAGCUCCGAUGGAUUUCUCAAUCACGGCAGUUGCCUGCGUAACCGCAUGAAAACGAAAUUCUUGCGACACCACCAUCAUCACUCCGGGUCUGCGUCAUCGAAGCAUCAUUAUGCGAAAUUCGGUGCAUCAGCCGCGACCCCCGAAGCUUCAUCAGAAGGCAAUGGUAAGAACAGCUGCUCUUGCGGCGGUGGAGCUACUCUGGGAGCGCGCCAGCAGCCCCAAUACGUGCCUAUUCCCGUGCCUGUACCCAUUCCCGUCCCCAUCACCGCAUUCCACAACUGGAACCCAAGCGAACUAAUAUUGCCGGGCGGCCCAAGCGUUUCCGAAACGACCCUGGAUGGGUCCCACAGCUCCAACCUCACCGUCUUGCAGCAAAAGCAAGCUGCCGACCUAUUCCAACUUUGGAACAGCGCUGCGCCGAGUCUCUUGCAGCAUCGCAUCAGUGAGCACCAACUCAGAUUCGAAGCGGUCCCAGUGCCAGUGUCGCUCGACGGAGCCCAUGUACCCGCAGCAAAGCCACCUGGUUCUGGCUUCGAUUCUGGCUGCGGCUCUGGCUCGAGCCUCAACUCGAGCUCAUGCGGCGCUGCAGCCGGCGGACCUGCGGUCUCAGAACAGGUUUUGAUACAGCGAACUGUUGCCGAUAUGUUUCGCAACAGCAGCUACAAUAGCAACUCCAGCAACGUAGUAGCCGCGGCCCCGGCACCAUCAGCCCCAUCGUCAUCACAAGGAGAAGCAGUUGUAAAGCCAUCGCUCGGCGGAAAAGAAGUGACCCUCUCGGGUACCGGUAGUGAGUCGGUUGUAAUUGGUGAUAAGGCCACCCACGGCGUGGCCGCGGCACUAUCUUCCUCGUCGGAUAGUCUCGAUAACGGGCGCAGUGAUAACGACAAAGAUAACGACCACGACUCGGGGCUGUCGAGCUGCGAUAAUGGUAGAGUGUCGGAUAAGGUGCAGAUACGUCGCCAGCCCGACAUUUUCGCAGGUGAUAGAAGCAAAGUAGCAACACAAGUGGCUGCAGCAAUAACAACCACGACAAAAGCAAGUCAACCGUCGCCACCGACGUUGGUCUUGGGCAACAGCAGCGAACGGAACGACGACAAUAGCAGCAACCGUAGCAGCAGAAGUAAGAGCAAUAGCAAUCCGAGCCCCGGUCUCGGCCACAAUCUCAGCCUCGUCCACAGCUCCCCGGACUUGGAGCAAGACCAUUGCGAAGCUAAAGUACCACCGCCGCAGCCGCAUCACGACCAGAGACGGCUGGCCGAAGGCGAGGAGGACGUUGACAUUAAUAACUUAAGUGCGGGAACGAAGUCGCCAAUCGAUAUCGAACAGAAGCCCGGUGCGGGCAGCACGGACGCCUGCGACGACGCCGGCGACGCAAAGAGGGUGGAAAACUGCAAGAAACCUUCGAAGAGACACAAGAUGAUUUCCAUCGGAAAAAUAAAGUCCAACCCCGUGGUGCAAACGGGUGGCUACUUAGUUUCGGAAUACAUUUUCUCAUCGUCGUCCGACUCGGAGUCCGAUAGCAACGAAAGUAUCAGCGGGGACGAGGAUAAAGACGCGUCAACGUCGAAGCGGUCGAUCCAGAGGAGCUACGACGUCGCGAGCGCCUCCCAGCACGAGGACCUGAUUGUGAGCAGCACAGGGGAGGACCUGGAGCAGUCCUCGUCCUCUUCAACGCCCUCGAAGGACUACGACGAGAGCGACGACGACGACGACCAGGACAGCGCGUCUUCAAGCAGCUCGGAAUCCGUGGACACAGACGACACGGGCACCAUCGCCGACCGCCGCCCUAAGGCCAAGACCUUCUCCAAAGUAUUCGUUGUCAACAGGAGCGUAUCCUCGUCGGAGACAGACUCGCAGAGUUCCGACGCUAACCUCGAGGACUCGUCCGAUAACGACACAGAUCCAGAUCGGGCGGAUUGCGGCAUUGUUUUGAACUACGUGAAGGCUUUGUCCGAGAAAUCCGACGACCUGAGCAGUGAAAGUGACGAUAGUGAAGUGUCAGAGUCCACUAAUGAGAUCGAAUUUGUUCAGGACGGAGAUGGCGACGACGCCACAGCGGCUGUAGCCGCGGACGAGGAGGACUCAGUAGUGCUAAAUUCGAUACGAACGAUAUCGUUCGAUGAAACCAGUGGAAUUGUCGAGAAACACAAGCAAUCAGAGGGCGCAGUCCAACAAUCAGAAACAAUUGCGACGCCAAAACAAGAGCCACAAGUAGCAAUGGGCCUUAUCAGCAGCCACAUUAUCUCUGACUGCGAAAUCGAUAUGGCUGAUAGUGACGAAGACGAGGCGAGUCAAACUGCCAGGCCAAACCGUGAUAGUGCUCCCCAGCGGGCAGCAAGCAACGAACCCACAACCAAGAACGCAAAUAAGACUGACGCAGGUAGUGUGGAUCCUUUGGAAGCAGAAAGCAGCGAAAGCAGUGCCAAGUCUGAUGCCGCUUUAGGAUUAACAGAUGCAAACCCAUUUGAAGCAAUUGAACAUGAUAAAGAACCCGAUGAAGGGGACGAAAGUGCACACAACGGUUGUGGCGAAGCAGGCGGUGAACGCGAAAACCAAGAGGCUGAGCGAAGCAGUUCUGAUGAUCCAAGCAAGAAGACAGCAUCUGAUGACACACAACCUGACAAUGACUUAGCUAUUCAGAAUGUGGUUUUUCCACUGAAAACUGAACCCAACGACCCGACCGUCAUUAACGCUGAGAACUCGCCAUCAAAACCCCAAAUCGCCAGCCACUGUUGGGACGAUGACGCGCUUAAAAUUCACGAAACGACCGGCGAUGCUGAAGACCUCGCAGAAUCGGCAAUUGCCCAAAUCGAUCGUGAUCAGAAUAUGGAAGGCCGUUACGAUGAAAGCCCGGACCGCCGGAGAAACGGCAAUAAGGAAGCCGCUGGACGGAGCAGCGACAAUCAAACACCAAAACCCGCACAGCCCACCAUCGCCGGCGACGAUCAUCUCCACCAUCAUCAGCACGAUCAGUUGACUUUCGAGGAGUUCGCUCAACUCGAGACCAUCUCCAACGACCUCAACAACAUGAUCAUGUCGAGGAAAUUGCAAACCGAUCAAUUAGUCGAGAAACUAAUUAAAGAUGUAGCGUCGAUCAACAAUGACCAUUUGCAAGGCCCGGCAGAGCGAGGAGGCGGAGAUGGUGAUGCUCGUCACCGCCAACAUCCAUCAAGGGAUGCUGACUCAAAACGAGUCGGUGCCGCUGAAGUGAGCUCGCAAGACGGCAAUCUUGCCGGCCAUCAUGAAGACGGCGAUCGACAGCGAGUUUUACUAACAAAAAGCCGCGAUUGCAACAUUCGUGCAGCGAAAGUAACUGCAAGCGAAACUGCACCAGCACCGAGCGCAGCGCCCAUAGUGCAACUAGCACCGAGGGCAGAUGUGGGCGAGUGCAGUGCAUUGUCAGCGCCGUCGCCGUCCUCUUGGGAAACUGGUUCUCGCGAAAGAACCGCCGACUGCGAACGCGAAGGCGGUAUAUCACCGGCAGCACAAUUCCACUCAGCCGCUUUUGCGCCUGACUGUACACCGCCAGCAGCCCAAGAAGUACCACCAACACCAGCGGAAGCAGCAGCGACUGUGCAACAACCACACCAACAAUCGUCACAGUCUGCCGCUCACCAAGAUACCACUCUUACCUGUGCAGGUAACCACACAGGUAGAAGUGGUGAGGCGAGCCGCUCGCAGGUUUGCGACAGUCGCGAUGGUGGUGCGGGCCAGGUGCUUGUGCUCGAGAGCGACGGCGCAGACGAGGCAAACGCCAGUUGUUUACCUUAUGACGACAGCUCGGAAGACCCCACCAGCGAAAAGGCCAUGAAGAGCACCAGCGCCAUUAGCAGAAACAAUGCCCAGAUAAGAGUAGGAGAAAACCGCGACCACGCUCACGACGUGGAAUUGGCUGGAGAAACCCCGCGAUUAGUAGAGACUGAACUGUUGCGUGGCGCGGAAUCGAGCCUGGCCCGCGACGAGGACGACAAGGAUAACAACGCGAAAGACGUGAACACGCACGGAACCGUGGAGACGACUCUCCCUAGUAAUGCCGACGGCGGCAGCAGCCUCGCAGCGAAGUACCGAAGUUUAGUCAUGAUCACUGCAGAUCACGCAUCUGCCUCCCCCUUGCCCGCCCUCGAUCAGGUGAGCAUAGUAACGAGCGAAACGACCCAGGUGAUCCUUACGGAUAGUGCCCCCGCGAGUGUUCGCGACGCCUCGGCUGUCGUGGUGCAGCACACGACAGCCUCCCAACUGAAUCCGAGCCGUGGCGAAAUGCACGAUAUUGACCCAGAUAGCAGCAACUGUGCGGAUAGUGGCGGCCACGGCAAGAAUUCGUCAAGCAAAAUGAUCGAUCGAUCCGCGCGAAGUGUCGAUUGUGGUCGUGGCGACGGUGAAAGUGUGAGUGACCGCGGCGAUCCUCUUGAAAUGUCGAGAAACGAAAAUCAAAAUGCACUCGCGGCCCAGCAGAAUAAUAGUGGCACCUGUGAUAGUAGAAGUGAUAGUAUCAUAGCGAAUUGUAGUGGUAGUGGUAGUAGUAAUGGCGGUAGUGUAGACGAUGUAACUGUUAUUACUGGUGCGGACACCUUGUCGGCGGUGGUUUGCCUUGAAGACGGGCUGGCUGAUGACGACUCAUGGGUUGAGGAGAUCAGCCACGAUGAGGAGGAAUUCGCAGGCACCACCACGGCCACCGACUCCGAUCUGGACUCGGGCGAAGACAUUUCGCUUACGUCCAUGACUGACCGUGAGGAAGAGCUGCGGGGCUACAAUAGGACCGCUAUCGAUUUCACGCUGCACACAAUCGUCGAAGAAAGCUGCGAAGAAAGCGAAGUGGAGCAGAAUAACGCGAAGAAAAAGAACCGCAACUCGUCUGAGCUGGAGAAGUACUUCUACUAUGGCCUCGGCGACGGGAAACCCAUGAGCUCGCUAGACACUAAGGAGGAAACCGCCUCCGAGGAUGAGAGCAGUGUUUGCAGCGAAGGACUCGACUCCUUAGGGAUCCCUGAAGAACCUAUACAUGACCUCCAUCACGCCGCGGAGUUGGCCUCGUCCCGUUUGGAGAAAUACUUCCUCACGAGCUUCAUGGGCUUCUCCCAGGAGCGCACAGGCUCCGACGAGAGUGGCGGAAGUGUGGGUAGUGACAGCGAGGGGCACCCCAGUCCAGGGCAGCGAAGAAAGCGCUUGGUACGCGCGAGAGGCACUCCCCGAUCACACAAUUCAUCCCUUGACAAUCUUCUAGCUAAAGACGACAACGAACUUGGAGCAAGCGAAACCCACAACGAAUCGAUCGACUCCUCUGAAUCAGAGGCUUGUGACGACACAGUCAUACACCUUGAAAAGGUCGACAGUUCAAAUGACACGAUAAAACGGAAAAAGCAGACUCGGAAACGACAUGAUUCAGAUGAGAAAAAGUCGUUGGAAUUCCCUGAAGAAAGUUCGGAAAAACCAGAGACAAAGUCUGGUUCUUCACAGCCGGACUACCUACUGCCAGCCUACAGCAACCUGGCGCAAUCGAAGAAGCAGCACAGCCGCGACAGCGGCUUCAUUGGAAGCAAUGAUGAUCUGCUCAAAGGUGACGAUGCCAUGAAGUCACCCGAACUAAAGAUAGAACUGGAGGAAAUUAAAGAAGAUCAACAAGAGGCUAAAGAAGUUGAACCACAGAAAACGGCUUCCACAUCACAGCCCCCGGCUGUAGCGAAGCAAGAAGGGCUCACGCGGAAGGAUAGCUUUAACAACUGGAGCUCGGACGAAGAGACUAACCUCAUGAUGUCCAAGAUGCGACAAAUAUUCAAAACCCUCAUCGCGGCCAGCGCAAAUGCUCAAAACAUCGCGAACAGCUCAAAGAACUCAACGCCAAUUGUAAGCGGGACGAGCACGCCGAAGCAGACCACCCCCAUUCCUAGGCCUAGACAUAAGAACAAGCCAGCCCAACUGGUAUACUUCGAGAGCGAGCUCACGAGGCUCAUGAAGACCGUCCCCGGUAUCAAUGACGAUCAAGUACGGGAGAUCGUUGAGUAUCUAAGUAGCGAGGACACCUGGUCAGACUCGUAUGAUUCCUCCGACUACACCAGCUCUGACCUGGAAGGAGCAGCCAUUAGAACCCGCAAGGCCGAGUUGAAGGAACAGAUAUCAGCCAGUUGCCAGCAGAUCAUCAAUAAAUUCGAUAGUUCCGUGAACGAUGAAGAAGGUGACCGCGGAGAUGGUGGCCUCCUGGAAGAAAGCCGCAACCCGGAAACGGCGAUAGUAUACCAAAAACUAGUAGCAUCGUUUUCCAAGAUUGCGACUGGUACAGCAGGGCCUUCGACCGGCACAUCUGCUGCUGAAUCUGAAGCCCCAAAUAAAUCCCCUCAACUACUGGCGAAAGUCAUGCAUCAUAUCGGAACUCGUCUAGUAGCUCUCAUGCACGAAGUAAGCAGCGGUGAAUCGUUGCACGGUAACUCACCUGCUCCGCAGCAACGCUACCACAAGAAACUCCACCAGAAUAUCUCGGUUACCACCACAGAGGACGAUGAUAGCACAUCGGACAGCAACUUUGACAAGACCACUGAUAACUCCACAUUCAUAAAUCUACCACGAAGCAAAUCCCACGAUCUACUCCUAAGUGAAUCCCGCCCCCAACAUCACCAGUCUAGUAGUGGUGUCAGCGACACUGCUGGAGAAGAAAAGGAGGCUAGCGAUUACGAACGCUUUUCGUGGCGGGGCAGUUUUGAGUCAGCAUUACUGGCUAAUGGUGACUCCAGGACUAAAUUGACCCUACUCGACCGCGAUAACUCAGCAUCUGCAUCCGCUUUGGCCGCAAAGCGGCGCUCAGCAGGUGAUCUGUUAUUCAACCCGAAGAGCUUGAGUCGCGAGCAAUUGGACAGAGUCAGGAGUUGUGGUAGUAUCGGUGGUGGAGGUAAGAUCGAUGACGAUCACGAACUCAAAUCGAAAAUUUGGGAGCAAAGGAACAAUCAGGAUGCUGGGCAUAGGCGAUCAAGCGUUCCAGAUGCCAUUUGCGAAUCCGACAACUCUUCGGAAGAAGAGGAUGGCAACCAGUUUCCCACGCGAUCAACGCUACCACGCAGCCUGCAAGGGACAACAUCAGCUAGCACCAAUUCACUGCCGAGAAUGUCUACUUCCACUGCUACCACGCCCAUGCAAAAAUCGUUGAGUGUUUACCAGUUCUUACCGAAUAGUGUGAAAAGUGCCCGGUAUCGCCCGUCGGGAUUGGGUAGUGCAGGAACCGCCGCGGGGCGGUCCAGUUCAGUGCCGAAAAAGUCUUCGUCCACACCUGGAUUACAACAACUUUUCCACAAUAAGCGCGAUGUUGCGAGAAGGUUAAAUUAUUUCAAUGCUGGUCCAGAUGAUAAAAAUUCACCGGAAGUUUGCAAUUCACCGCUGAUAGGAACACGAAAUAAGAGUGGUUCAGCUAGUCCAAUUGCAUCACAAGGGUCAGCUUCAAGUGAUCCAUGGCCUUCACAGUCCGAGGAGGAUAUUGAUCGUUUAGUUGCACUCCAUCAGAAUCGAAAUAGUUUGAGCUCCCUAGGGUUGAGAUCGGAUUCUAUGGCGAGCGUCUAUUCAGGCGCUGGAGAUGGUCGGUAUGGUACAGUAGCCGUCAAAGGACAAAUUGAAUUCGGGAUGCAAUAUAACUAUAAGCAAAGCGCGCUAGAAAUUCAUGUUGUACGAUGUAAGGAUUUAGCUGCCGUUGAUACUAAGCGUAAUCGUAGUGAUCCCUAUGUUAAGCUUUACCUUCUACCUGACAAAUCGAAGAGUGGAAAACGAAAAACAAAAGUAAAAAAACACACACUCAACCCAGUAUUCGAGGAAACGCUCAAGUUCCAUAUGCCGCUCAGUAGCCUAGAAUCUCGAACGUUAUGGCUAACUGUCUGGCACUCAGAUAUGUUCGGACGAAACGACUUCCUUGGCGAAGUGACCAUCAAUCUGCAAGGGAAAGUAUUCGAUAAUCCCCAGUCGCAGUGGUACACUUUACAGGAGCGGACUGAACCAUACGAUGAUUUGUCUGUGUAUCGUGGCGAUAUUAUCGUCGGAUUGAAAUUUGUGCCACCAGAUAGUUCAAGUUCGAAGCAGAGCACGUCGCGGGGAAGCAACUCUAAUCUCCGGAAGUUCGGUAGCAUUAAAUCAAGUUCGAAGAAUUCCUCGUCUAAAGGACAACUACAUGUACUGGUGAAGGAAGCGAAAAAUCUGAGUCCCGUUAAAGCGAAUGGAAGCUGCGAUGCGUUCUGUAAAAGCUACUUACUUCCGGAUAGGACACGGAGUUCGAAACAAAAAACGCCGGUCGUCAAAAAGACAAUUAACCCUGUUUGGAAUUAUACAUUUAUUUACGAGGACGUAUCGCUCCAGGAACUGUCCGAGAGGGCAUUAGAAUUGACGAUUUGGGAUCACGAUAGAUUGGCUAGUAAUGAAUUUUUAGGUGGUGUUCGCUUUUCGUUAGGAUCCGGCAAACACUACGCCAAGUCGGUGGACUGGAUGGAUGCUACUGGGAAGGAACUUUCCUUGUGGCAAAAUAUGCUAAAUAGACCGAACUUUUGGGUUGAAGGAUGCUUGGUUUUACGGCCAUCGUUGGAUGGUGGCAGCAAAUCCCCGCAGUAAUUUCAACGGUGGAUGGAUUCAGCCGUCGAUGAGCUUCUGUCUGUGGAGCGUUCCCGGAAUUAGCAGAGCGUCAAUAGCAGUAGCAGCAAGAAAGCAAAAGUAGAUAAAGCUGUCCUUCCGCCUCAGGAUAACACGAGAAAAGUAGAAAACAAUGCCAACAUACAAUUUUUCUAUUAGAAAAUCAUUACGGUCCCCUCAAUUUGUGACAUAUUUUCUUUUGACUUUGUUUCUCAAGAGAACGGAAAAUAAAUAAUGGCUGGAAGUGGUGUCUAACGAAAUGAUGUAACAAAUUCAUGGAGAUAUAGAGCGUUGUUUAUUCAAAUUAUUUCCUGAGGCAACUCUCUGAAUAAAUAUUUGAGUACAUAGCGCGGAAGAUAUCUGGGUCAGUAGCGAUUUUAAAAGAAAAGCAAUCCAUUAUUGAGUGGAACCACACAAGCCUGGCCCAAUUAAGGCUAAAUAUAACCAAAAAAUGACAAAUCCAGUUUGAAUGCAAUGUGAAAGGAUAUCCAGAAUAUCGUCCUUCCGAUUUGAAGAGAAUAAAACCGAAACGUUAGGUACGCACGUGAGAUUAUUUAAUUAAAGAAUUUAAAACUUGUAUAUCCAAAAGUAAUUUAUAUGUAAUGACUCUAUAAACUUUCUGUUACUACGAAACAAAUAAAUAUAUACAAAUAUAUAGAAAAUCGUUACACUCUUAUUUAAACACUGAACUGGUUAGCACGGAGAAAAGAAGCGCACAGUGACGUCGUUCGGAAUGUUCCCCUUUAUACUCAUAUCUGUUAAUUAUUUAGGCGCAAGAAAUGAAUUGAUUAUCUGUAAUUUUCUUAAAGUUAGAAGGUGAAUGGACACUUGUUCACAACAUGUAGUAGUUAUGGCGUACAUACUUCUUUCCUAGAUGUAGUUGACAAAAACGAAUACUCCAAGUGAGAGGAGGUUCAACAGAGAAAACUAUUUUAAAAAAAUUGUAAAACAACAAAUGAAAAUUAUUUACAUUAGAGAUAAUCGUUCUGAAUAUUCCAACUUCUAACACUGUGAUCAAGGAAACGAGAUAUAAUAUAAAAGGAAAAAAAUAAAUUGUAAAUGCAUAUUUGAUGCAAACUGGAGAGAAGCCAGCAUGAGAGAAAAAAUAUUGUAAUACAUAUUGACUAAGUCACCUGCAUACAUAAUCAAGCUCCUUGUUAUGAGAACUUCCUUUAUUUUUCAGGAUAUUUACCUACGGGGCGCCUGUGUGUGUCUCCGCCUUUGAAGUGUAAUGAGAAAAAAAAUUCAAGUCCAAGAGAGAAACAUGCGUAAGCACGAUAUUCGCCUUAAAUCCGCGACUUUCUUAUAUUCGAUUCAAUUAUAUACAUGCAAUAUUAGUUGGUAAACUGAACUGCUACUUCCUACUAACUCUAAUUCUCCCUCAUGUAUACUAUGACUAGAUUUACUUUUUACGAAGUAUAAGACAAAUUACGCAUCUAAACACUAAACAUAUAGAUAAGCACUCUCGACCAUCAUCACUAGCAUAGUAAGGAUAGAAAUUAUACAUAUUUACCAGAGUAUAUACCAGAAACAUGGAGAUAUAUUAUUAUAUUUUAUUCGUUCACGAAGGAAAUGACAUUUUAUUUGCAUAACGAUUAUAUAUAGUUAUAUACAAAUAUGAUUGUGUAAUACACCUAGAACCUAUCAUUGUUAAACGUAGUAUCUUUAUUUUAUAUUAUUUUAAUACGUUAUAACUUUACGUUCGGAAACUAUCUUUGCUUCUUUGUAUAAUAAAAAGUUUAAUUGAUUA